CCGCGUGGGGCCCGAAGAGAACUCUGGCUGCAGAUCGACUCAAUUGACUUCCUGUGGCGCGCGCGCGUUUUUACUAGCGAGAAAGUGCUCGAUUAUUUUGUGCAAGAAGUAGAGAAAGAAGAGCAAGUAUGAAGAUGCAAGGCGUGGUGGCUGUGUCGGUGGUGGAGAUACUGCUGACGGUUGUUGCGUAUGAGAAUAUGCACAGCCGGGUGAUCGUGGUGAACGAGGGCCACCAGACGGAGCUGCCGUGCGAGACGCGAAGCCCCGUGUUCAACAGCACGCAGGACGCUCUCCGCGUCGAGUGGUUCCACUUGGGUGGACGACGUCGAAGCUAUAGUUCACGAGAGCCCAUAUACACAUUGGACUUUGGAGGAGGCACAAAGGAUGGCCAUCGAACAGCCCCCAACGCGAGGGCUAACCUUCUGCAGGUGGUUCGCUGGGCUCGUUUGGAGUGGCAAGGCAGGGCGUACUUCCACUUAGUGGGCUACCCAUUUUCGCUUAAAGUGACAGGCCUUCGGUACGAGGAUACUGGCGAAUACUUGUGCUCAGUGACAUUCCGCGAUGGUGCCAUAAGAAACGCUUCGGUGAUUCUUCAAGUUGUAGUGCCGCCGGAACCUCCUGUGAUCACGGACGAAGCCGGACGCCGCCUCCGGGGAACCAUUGGUCCGUACGACGAAGGCAAUCGGCUAAGCCUACUCUGCCAGGUGAAAGGAGGCAAGCCGUCACCGAUGCUAACGUGGAAGCGGAACGGGGAAUAUUAUCCUGUCAAGACUUCCAUUUCUGUGUCAGGUGACGGCAAACAAUCCAAACUGGUGAUACCUUCACUACAGAGAUCAGACCUCAUGGCCACGUACAGCUGCUUCUCUUCAAACAACAUCUCGGCACCUAUGGAAGUGUCGGUCACUCUAGAACUAAACUUAUCACCGCUUAUAGUCCAGAUACGUAAAAGCGAAGCACCCAUCUCUUCUGGACUCACUGCUGAGAUCCUAUGUGAAGUGUGGGGUUCUAGACCUCCACCCGAGAUCACUUGGUGGAAGAACAGCGUGCAGCUGAACCAGACCUUCAUGCAUGUAUCGCAAGACGAAAACCUGACGACCAGCGUCAUGGCGUUUGCGCCUCAACGAGUCGACAAUGGACAAAACCUGGUAUGCCAUGCGAGGAACCCGAGGCUCAGUAACUCGGCUAAAGAGGACCAUUGGGAACUCAGUGUGCAUUAUAUGCCCCUAGUGCAGCUCAAACUAGCUCAACCGCAGUCGCCCUCAAACGUCCGGGAACGGAUGGACGUCACGCUGCUGUGCAUCAUUGAUGGGAACCCGCCAGUGGAAGAUGUCAAAUGGACUUUCAACGACGCAGAGCUCAGACCCUCCGAGUUGGUGCAUACAAACCAUAGGAACACGCUACUCAUUCGUAACAUCAGUACCAUGCACACUGGAAAUUUCUCUUGCUCCGCCACAAAUACGGAAGGAACCGGAUAUAGUGACGUUGUAUUCAUCCAAGUGAAACAUGCUCCAAUAUGCCGACCAAACCAACGCGUGGUCUACACGGCUGCUCGUGCUCAAGAGGUGGACGUGACUUGCGAAGUGGAUGCGUAUCCUCCACUGGUGAACUUUCUAUGGCAAUUCAACUCAACGGGGCAAAGUCACCAAGUGGAAAAUGUGUUUUCCAAUGGAACGCUGAGCACGGCCCGGUACUCUGCCCUGAGCAACGAUGAGUAUGGAACGCUCCUGUGCUGGGCUAAGAACGAAGUCGGAAGACAGGAGAUGCCCUGCAAGUUCCUCAUUGUCCCACAAGGAACGAGGCUAAAAUUUUCCGACGAGACCAUACUGACGAUGCUGAUCUCGGCAGUCACUGUACUCUUCCUCCUACCCCUCUGCAUCUUCAUCGCUAUUCGAAUGAGGAAUAAACGCCACGAAGAAGAAGCCGUUGCAGGAGCACGCCAAAAAAGUGGCAAGACUUCGGGCUCCAAAGGUGGGAAGAGUUCGCAGAGUAAUGGAGGACUGAGUACGAACAAAGCGGAUGACUACUGGAUCAGUCGAGAGACGACGACAUAGCAUGACCUUCGGCGGAGAGACAUCUCCCGCGGUGACUUCAAGUGCCUGAUGGCGACGCCCCUCCAGAAGACUCCCGGUGGGGUGCCCUCAUCCCGGGCUCCAGGGAGGACACGCCGCGGGACAUUCUGCUUUGUUGCUUCGGUUUUACUACGGAACAAAGUGCCUUGCAAGAACUAAAGCUCAAGAAUGCCGACAGAAAUGAAUGCGCCUUUUUAAUAUUGUUACGAGACGAUCGCUGAUUGGACGCCGGAGGAACCCUCUACUGAUGUCAAUUAACGAGAAGAAAACGAAGCUUCAACGUGCAGCGUCUCUGUGUGACACACUCAAGUUGAGAUCGAAUGAUCGCCCCCUCAGUAUUCUGUUUCUGCGCAGCAGAAACAUUUCAGUGUGUGAGCUUAUGCGUGACAGCUUUCAAUUAUCUUCUGGAAUCUUCUCCAAUCUGUGUGCUUCUUUACUGUGCAUCAUCUGUGUCUCACGGACUGACAAAUCAAAAGGAGUUUCUCUCGAUAAAUAAAGAAAGGCU